UUGGGUGGGAGGAGAGCAAGAUGGCAGCCUCCUUGUGGCUGAGCUGCAGCAGUAAAGAGAUGGUCAAACUACUCCCGGGUGGGAGACUAGUCGCGGGGGCUUGUGCUUUUCUCCGCCUUGGAGGAGGCUGGAGGCUUCUGCACAGGAGCCACGAGCUGCUGGGUAUUCCUGCAUUUAAAAUACUCAUGCCUGCACUGUCUCCUACAAUGGAGGAAGGAAAUAUUGUGAAAUGGUUAAAAAAGGAAGGUGAAACUGUAAAUGCAGGAGAUGCAUUAUGUGAAAUCGAAACAGACAAAGCAGUGGUAACCAUGGAGUCAAGUGAUGAUGGCAUAUUGGCUAAAAUAAUGAUGGAAGAAGGAAGUAAAAAUGUGCGUCUGGGAACACUAAUUGGUUUGCUGGUAGAAGAAGGACAGGACUGGAAGCAGGUUGAAAUACCAGCAGAUACUGGUGAUCCAUCUUGUCUGGCACCCCCGAUGGCACCGCCUGCAGUUGCACCUACUCCCCCUCCAGUAGGCAUUUUAGCUUCAGCCUCUACCAAAAUGGAACAUGGGCUUGGAAAACUACCGAUUCGCUUAAGUCCUGCUGCCCGCUACAUUCUAGAGACACAUGGACUUGACCCAAGCAGUAUUACUCCCACUGGGCCUCGAGGAAUCCUCACUAAAGAGGAUGCACUCAAUCUUCUGCAGCAGAAACAGAAGAGCAAAGCUGCAGAAUCGAGACCUAUCGUUUCUUCAGCCCCUACUCAGCCUACUGUAGUGCCUUUGGCUCCACAAGCAACAACUGUGUCCUCUGUUUAUCCGCGUCCUGCAGUUCCACCAAUUUCUAUACCGGGUCAGCCUGCAGCACAGGGUACAUUCACAGAAGUCCCUGCCAGCAACAUCCGAAGAGUUAUUGCUAAGAGAUUAACAGAAUCUAAAACUACUGUGCCUCAUUCAUAUGCUACUACUGACUGUGACCUUGAUGCUAUCUUGAAACUAAGGAAAGAACUAGCAAAAGAUGAUAUUAAAGUAUCAGUAAAUGACUUUAUUAUCAAAGCAACAGCAGUUACCCUCAAACAAAUGCCAGAUGUGAAUGUGACCUGGGAUGGAGAGGGCCCCAGGCAGCUGCAAUCUAUCGACAUCUCUAUUGCUGUGGCAACAGACCGAGGUCUCAUUACACCAAUCAUAAAAGAUGCUGCUGCCAAAGGAGUGCAGGAAAUUUCUGCCUCUGCAAAGGCUCUCGCAAAGAAAGCAAGAGAUGGAAAACUGUUACCUGAAGAAUACCAAGGAGGAUCUUUUAGCAUUUCCAAUCUGGGCAUGUUUGGCAUCAGUGGCUUCAUUGCCGUCAUAAACCCUCCUCAAGCCUGCAUCCUAGCUGUGGGACGAGCUCGACCCGAACUGAAGAUUGUGGAAGAUGAAGAAGGGAACGAGAAACUUCUGCAGCAUCAGCUUAUGACAGUGACACUGUCAAGUGACAGUCGGAUGGUGGAUGACAAACUGGCUUCAGUGUUUCUGGAGACCUUGAAAGCAAACCUAGAGAAUCCGAUACGACUUGCCUUAUGUUAAACUGAUCAGGGAUUGGCUCCUGCUUUGGCAAAAUACGGAACAAGGUUACAAACUGUUCCCCUCUCCUCCCCCCACUGCCCCAGAGAAAUAAUGAAUACUAAGCAUGAGGGGGACAAUUAAAAUAUUUAAUUUAUUUGAAUUAACUUGAAAGACUCUUCAGAUCCGGCUUUGUGACCAUUUCCAGCUCUCAAGUUUUAUACUGUAAAACUGAAACACUUUAAAGAAAUAUUAAAAUAGAGUUAAUGCAUUAAAGUUCUUUCACUGCUUAAUAGCAACUGCACCAAAUUUAAACAUAUACAUUACUGUUUAAUUAGAGAGAGAAGUUUAGAAAACCUUGGGAAAUUUGAGUGAGAAACAUGAAAUGAAAAAGGGAAUGAGACAAUGCUUUGUUUAAGGACUAACCAACUAGCUUUCACAGUGAGGAAAGCAAAUGGCAUGACUGAGCAAGAUGGCCCUAUAAAUCCCAAUCAUCAUUAAGAGAAUCAAACCAGCUAAGUGUUAAAGCAAUAUAUUUUAGCUAUUUAAUAUGUGAAGAGGGUUCCAGCUAAAAUCUUCUGUUAGAGUUGGGUGAUAUAUAGAGUGACCAGAUAAGUAGUAUAAAAUAUC